AUGCAGCCUGCGUCUCCUAUUGAAUCCACAUCAAAUCAAUGGCACAAUAGGACUCUAGCACAGCCGGCGCAAGACAACCUCUCUAACGCCUUGAAGAAAGCCUGGCACACCACAGUCAGUUGUUUCGAUGGUAUCUUCAGCUGUUGUACAGGAGAGCGUGAGGCAACACAAGACCGAGAGACCCAAGUCAUUGACGAAGGCAUCCACGUCGGUUCCUCGCCUGCAGCAGUCGCAACACCUUCGAACAAGCGAAGUACGGAGGAACGUGACGAAGCCAACGCCGUCACAACAAACCCAGCACGCAUCUUUUCCCAGCACCAGAGUGAACGAGGAAGCGAGUUGACCCUCGGAAUCACCCCGGCUGGACCGCCACUUGAGGUCGACUCGAGUCAGACCGUCAUCGAGGACCUUACAGGAGCACGUGCUGUACCCGAGGCGGAUCUGAACGACAAGACAUAUCCCGAAGCCAAGCGACAACUGCAAGCUCUUCAUCGCUUGCAUCGUCCACCGCGCUGUCGAGUCGCUCAGCAGGCACACAGGGCUCCUGGCAUCCUGUCCUCGACCAAGAUCCUCGCUUGA